GUAAAAAUAGCUUCCAGUUAUUCUUCAUGGACCUACAGUUCGAUUCCAUCCUCAACAACCCCAAACUAGGGGAUCUGGAUCUCAAGAUCUUCUCCCUUCUCAGCGACUUAUUAACCGCCAAGCUUGACCCCUCCACAGCCGCACAGCAGAUCAACCGUCUGUUCCCUCGCCCUGAUGGAAUCCUUCCAGCGACCUAUCUCGAAGACGUCGACGAGUUUCUAUGGAUCUUCUGGGGGAUGGUGAUUGAGAUCAUCCAGCUGGUUCCCUACCAGCACAGGGCUCAAGAGUAUAUGCUCUCCAUGCUGCAAUCCUUGAGCGGGAUAUCCCAAGCUACCGUCAAAAUAUGGAGUGUGGAAAGCAAGGUCUGGCAGGAACUUCCUCUGCUGGGCUCAUACCUCCGAGACAACUGGAUCUCACCGACCUAUCAAGGAAAAGUACCCGAAGCUCAAGACGCCGAGAAAUGGAAGAGCUUGAAUUCCUUUGCAGCCAGGAUGCUAGGCAAACGUCUUGGCUCCUGGUGGAACUUUGCCAUGUGGGAGCUCCAGGCGGCACUGGAAGAAGAAUAUAAAGACCAAGCCAUUGCUGACUGCAACGUGACUGUGGCCUGUGAAUGGAUCGUCCAUUCUGGAGAUUACAUUUUCGAACAGAUCGGCAAUGCAGAUGGCCAGUCUGAGCAAGGUCCGCUCUAUUCUGGUCCCCCGGGCCUGUGUCUGGAAAGAUGGAACUUUUGGAAACGCCGGUUGAGAGAGAUGAGCCAGUUGGUUUCAGGGCCUCUCAAGCAUGAAGUACUCUCUGCGGCUGAUAGAAUGGAUAAACUAGUUAAUUAGUAAGGCAUUCUUUGAGAAGCU